AAGCCCCGGCCGGAGAGAGAAGCAGUGCCAGGCGGUGAAUGAGCGACUCGUGCCAGCCGUAGAGACGCUCUGUUUCCGGGUUUUUCCGCCGCUGUUCCUCCGGACACACAGUCAACAUGCUGAUUAAAGAAUUCCGGAUUGUUCUGCCCAUUUCAGUGGAGGAGUACCAAGUGGGCCAGCUUUACGCAGUAGCAGAAGCCAGUAAGAAUGAGACGGGAGGAGGAGAAGGUGUGGAGGUGCUGAAGAACGAGCCCUACGAGAAGGAAGGAGAGAAGGGGCAGUACACUCAUAAAAUCUACCACCUGCACAGUAAAGUGCCGGGCAUCGUUCGUAUGAUUGCACCAAAAGGUGCUUUGGAACUUCAUGAAAAGGCCUGGAAUGCAUAUCCCUACUGUCGAACCGUCCUUACGAACGAGUACAUGAAGGACAAGUUCAUGAUUAAGAUCGAGACAUGGCACAAACCUGAUAUGGGAGAUCAGAAGAAUGUGCAUGGACUGGAGCAGAGUGAAUGGGACAAAGUUGACGUUGUUGACAUUGACAUCGCUGACAGCAGUGGCAUAAGUCAAAAGGACUACAACCCAGAACAGGAUCCAGCCAAAUUCAAAUCGCAGAAGACCGGUAGAGGGCCUCUGGGACCAGGCUGGAAGAAGGAACUCGGCAACAAUCCCAACUGUCCACACAUGUGCGCCUAUAAGCUGGUCACUGUUGACUUCCAGCAGUGGGGAUUUCAGAACAAGAUCGAAAACUUCAUUCACGGGGUGGAGAGGCGCAUUUUCACCCACUUCCACAGACAACUGUUUUGCUGGUUGGACAAAUGGAUCGAGCUGUCGAUGGACGACAUCCGACGUAUGGAGGACGAGACUAAGAAGGAGCUGGAUGAGAUGAGGCAGAACGAUGAAGUCAAAGGCAUGUCAACUGAAUAGAGUCUAUCACUCUGCUGUCGGAGGAUUUGACUCCACUGACACUCCACUCCUCGGCCUGCCGGGACCUGCAGCCACUUGACAGGCAUCAAAUCAAGAACACCAAACUUACAUUGUAAUAAAAUUUGCUCUUAAUAAGAGCUCUUUAUUGUAAAGCAGUUGUGUGUAUUUAUGUACUACAGUUGAAUACAACUACAGCAGCUUUUAGUGUUUUUAAAGAGGCAAGUUUGUGAGUUGAGGAAUGGGUUUAGAGGAGGAAGCUUUCCUGCUUAUGUCUAUUUGGUCUUCUUAAAUUUUUAAACAUUAGAAAAAAUAAGGUGUGGGUUGUCUCUGAAACAACACUUUCAAUGACUGUAAUCAUGUUUUCUCGUUCUUAGCAGCUGGUGAUUUCGUUAUUCUUCCUUACAUUUGUGUUUUCCAGUUCUCAGUGAUUUAUUGUUUACUUACCAGAACAAAGCACAUUUUCCACCAGUCUUCAGCCACCAACACUUUAGCUUCACAGGGGUUUCAGUUCUUUUUAUUGUACACAUUAGUGCUUCUGAGAAAAUUGUUAAUUCUCACAAAGUGCACUUAUUGUCUCAAACUUGAAAUACCUCUACUGCCCUUUGCUGAAAGUUUCUUCAAAUAAGUAGAUCACUAAAUAUGUUUAUUGUGAGAUGGAGGCUGGGCGCAAUGAAAAUGCAGCUUAAGAUUUACACAAUUCUAAUAUAUGAGAACGUUUGCUAUACUUUUCAGAGUUGUCUGGUAAUUGUGGUCUGACAAACCUUGCAGUUGAUCAGGUGGUCGGUUUAAUCUCAUACAUGGAUGCCAGCUGCUUUCUAAAAUAAAUAAAUAAAUAAAAAUAUACCUUUGGGUUGAGGUUUUGAGUGUUGGUGAUGGUAAUGUCCAAGAGGAACCUGAGCAGAUUCCACAAUGAUUGACACAUGAUGCAGUUCUGCUCUGAUGAAUUAUAUGAUUGUGUAUUAAAGACGAUGUAUUUGUUCCUUG